UAUUUAAAUUAUUUUGAUGGUAUCGCAAUUGAUCUUCUUUAAUUGAAAGCAGUUUCCUCGAAUUGCGACAGGUUUCUUGAGUACAAAAUAUGAGAUUGUGAAAUUAGAUCCGCGAGUUACCCAUCAAAACGCAACAAACAUGAGUGGAUUUACACACACACAGGCUAAGAUGGCUAAAGCCUAGGGGGAGGCAGCAAAUUGAUCACUCAGUAUUUUCACUUCGAAAAGUCAAUUUCUUUUAGGGUUUUAAUUUUAGCAAGUUUAGACCUCCCGUUGUUUCGAUGGAAACAAUCUCGGAAAUAAUGCUGUUUUCUGUUUUUUUGAUCCGCGUCUUAUUUGUAAUAAGAAUGACAGAUGUAUUAUAAUGCGCAAUCAUUUAUUUUUCUAUAUCUACCCUUGCUGUUAAAGACCUUGCCAAUUUAACAUCUGCUAUAAGUAAACAAUUAUUCAUUCACUGUUUUAUGUUAACAUUUAUUAUUUAUCCACGGCGAACUUCAAUAUUAACAAACGCGAUUACCAUGGCAUCCACUUUAGUAUGGGCACUUCAUAAUUUUGAAUUUUAAUUUACGAAAACGUUCAGAUUAAACAAAAUGCGAAUAAAAUGUAUUUGGACCGUCGUAAAUUACAUUUUAAAUGAUUCCAUGUGGACGCCUCAGGGUUUUAACGUUGCACGCAUGAUAAUAAUAAUAAUAAUAAUAAAUAAUAGCCUAAAAUGAAUUAAUUCGUACCUAUCUGGCAGAUUUCUGCAUGUUAUGUGCGAUCGAGUGGUCUCUGACAAAGAGAGGCAUUUCUCAGGGAUCAAUUUUAGGUCCUCUAUUAUUACUCAUAUAUUUUAUUUUGCUAUACAAGGCAGUACUUAAGAAGAAACUCUAAUUCUAAAAGAUAAAUGAAUCUUCUGAAUAGUGCAAAACUGAAUUAUUCACAAAUAAAACUGAGAAGCUGCCCCAAACGUUAAAAAGGGAUACUUAUGAAAAUUCCCAGUCGGUAAACUUUCUAGGGGUGCAUGUUGACGGAUCUUUAAACUUUUCAAUGGGCGCCAGCUAUAUUUGCAAAAAAAUAAGCGGUAAUAUUUAUGCACUACGGCGUGUUAGUAACAGUGUAUCAAAACAAACUUUAGUAGGACACUAGCAGCCUAUUAUAUGCUUUAGUACACUCAAUAAUGCAGUAUGGUAUACUAAUUUGGGGCAACUGUGCUUCAGCGACGGAUGUAUUUGGACUCCAGAGACUUGACUGUACUGAGACGAACGUAGGCAACGAAAAAUAAAUAAAUUAUUAAAAAGGUUAACAAAAAACAAAAUCAAUAAUUAUGAAAUACCUACUUGUGAAAUGGGUAGCUGAAGGUUUUAGAGACAUGUGGUAGCGUAGACCCAAGUUGUGGUAUUUGUCCAUACGUGUGAUGUAGUCUGCUAUAUAGUUUAAUUAAUUUGACAAUUGUAAGUGCCAUUGCGCAUAAACACGAAUAAAGAUUAAAAAAUCUCCAUCUUAAUAAUAAUAAUAAUAAUGUGUUUAUUUCCACCAAAUUAAAGAAAUGGAAACCACAGGGGUUAUCGGUUCAGUUGCUGCACAGGCAGGUUCUGAUCUUCCACCGACUCCCUGAAUACAAUUAGAAUUAACAUAAUCAAGUAAUGCUUAUAACUGAGUAAUAUAAUAAAAAGGAAAAUAUGAAAUAGUAAUAAAUGCACAUAGGAGUAACUAAAUGAGAAUGAGAUGAAAAGAGAUCGAGUAAUAUACUAAGAAUCUUCAAAUCUAGCAAUUUUUAAAUUACAACUCCGAUCGUAUACAAUCAGAGCGAAUUAAUUAAAUCAAUUCACAUAACAAGCAACAAUUUCUCAUAGAUAAUUAGAUCCUGGAAUAAUUUAAACGUACAAGGGGUUAUUACAAAUGGUAUAAUUAAGUGGAAUAAUAAAUCUGUGCUACUGGAAACGUGCAGCAUUUCCGUUAUUAUCGAGAUAGAUAUUCCCACCACUUCUGCAAAUAGAGUGGGGGUGCAUCUGCACUCUCGGCGCUUUUCUUAAAUGGAACAAUCCGCAGAGAAGCCGUUAUAAUUACAAAUUGAAUUACGUGGCCCACUUCGGUAACAGACAUCCCCACCACUUCUCGAAGAUGGGUGGGGAACUAGCAGUUUGCUUUAAAAGUGGGCACAUCAACACUCUUGGCGCUUUUCUGCAAUGAACGGAUCCACAGAGCAACCUUUUUUUGGGCUAAUAACAAAAUGCCUGUAUUCUCUAGGGUGUGUUCUGGCAAGAAGCUAUAACCUUAAACAAAAAAUAGCUUUAUUAAUAUCGUCUCUCGUGCCUUUGCUAUAUCUUUGCUUAGCUCUACCAGAUUGGAUUGAUUACUUGGUGAACGUCGACACCGAGAGUGACGCGUAUUCGGAUGAUGUGAUGUAUAUGAUCGCUUUUAUUUGUGCAACUGUCCGAGGAGUAAUACUAAGGUUAAACGUGCUCAAGCUGGGCAAUCUUCUUCACAUCAUGGAAAACAUAGAUGUUCCACGGGCAAAACCGAAAUUAAAUGUGAACGCGGAAAUUGCGAAGAGUCGAAAGAUACUAAACCGAAUUGUGAGUAGAAUAAGAGAUACGGGCCAACAAUAUUUUUUUAAGGUGGCGUUGACUUUUUCACUUCCGACUGUGGCUGUAAUAUUGGCAACUAUACGAUGGUUCUUUGAAAAGGAACAUUCGAACCAUUUACCAUUUGGUAUGCAUCCUCAAUGGGCGUUAAACAUUACCUACAUUGGGUCUCUAAUUUAUCAAGUUGUGUCAUUUACAACUGUAGGUACUGAAAAUAUUACUGUUGACUGUCUGCUUGUAUGCAUGUUGAUUCUUCUUCUAACGCACUAUCGCAAUAUUCCACAAUAUUUUUAUAAUCUUACGAGGAACAGUAUUGAAGAUUUUUCUGAUGUUGAACAUUUGGAUGCUAAUUCCGUACACUACAAAGACGUUCCUUGGGAGUACUUCCUCAGGAACCUAAAAGAAGCGAUUGAAUAUCACGUAAAAAUUACGGAAGUUGCUAAGGAAAUUGAGGACAUUUUCCACAACGUCCUUCUAGUUAGUUUCACAAUGAACAGCCUAGUGACUUGCUUUUCAAUUUUUCGUAUUACUAAUACUCCGUUAUUCGGCGCUACCUUUUGGAAUAUGUUCCUGUACCUCAGUGCAACUUUCGAUUUAUUUUUCUUGCAAUGUUGCCUACUCCAGAAGUUAAUCGAUGAAUCUUGGAAUAUAUCGGACGCCUGUUUUCAAUCGUAUCAUCCUGGUAUUGAUAUUCGUAUACACAACGCGCUGAUAAUUAUUAUGAGCCAGUCUCAAAAUAGGCCAGUUCGUGUAACAAUUGGAAAGUUUGUCGCAAUUUCGCAUGCUGCUAUUAUUACUGUAAGUGAAUUCCAGAAAUAUUUUUUAUACACAAAUAUUUUCUUUGCAGAUUAUAAGAGUAAUUUACUCGUUUUUGAUGUUGUUACUUCAUCUGAAAGCAGAACAGUAAUAUUCAAUGCGUUUAUACUGACCAAUUUUAUAUUUUGGUCAUUAAGCAGCACCAAUUGCACUACACUCAAUAAAUAUCAGUAUUGUAUAUGUGUACAUUUCCUUUUGAUGGGUAAAUACAUUUAUUGAAUUUUAUUUAAUAAAGUUCACGUUCCUAAAUGUUCGAACAGUCAAGAGUGUACCUGAUGUGGUGUUGAACAGUUUUGAUGAACUUCGGCGGCAGAAAUUUGGGAACUGUCUUUACCUCCCGCAUUCCGAUCAGUUCCGAUGAUAUUCGAAAAAGAACCAAGUCAACCAUAUUUGUUUUUAUAGAGAUAAUACCUCGGAUAAUACUCAAACGACAGUAAUUCCGUAUAUAAACACGGAAAUUCAAAAAUGUAAGAACGUUUGAGUGUGAAUUAUUAACGAGCUCCUAGUGAAUUCAUAAUUUUGCGGUGUUUGUCUGUCCGUUAGAAUAGUAUCUCGAAAACAAAUUACGAUCAAAUUUUGCAGGUGGAUCUUUUAUCAAAUUUGUCGAUCGUGAUUUGGUAAUGUAGACCAAAAAAUAAGGUAUGAAGGAUAUGAACCGAAUUGCAUUAAUUUCAAAAUAAGCGUAGCUUUAGCCAUAUAACACGCAAUGGCAAGCUAUAGUCAUACCCAAGAGCUCGUUUGCUAUAUUUGUUUAAUUUAUUACAAAUUAAGUCGUUUUAAUAUUUAUAUUUUUUUCCAAUGUUACUUGGCUCAGCUGCAUUAAGCUUAGAGUACCACUGCCGAUGAGAUCGAUUUGUCCAUGAAAGAUAUAUUUAUUUUAUAGCUUUCAGAAAAACUUCAGCGAUUUCACAUGACGUUCAGGUGCUACUGUCAGAAGGGACUUUCUAAAGAGCACGUAAAAAGCCUCCUGAUGAGAGUUUUGCUUAGAUAUUUCUGUUAUUACCGACUUUCGCCUUUCCUGUGAGAUUGUUUAAAGACGGACGAAUUUGAAGUUUUGGAUGCGAAUAUUCCUUCGCAGUUUUAUCUUAAAAUAAGUAAUUUAAAUUGCAAUAAAAAUGAAACUAGGAGUAAACGAGAUACUAAAAAGUAAAAACAAUCGACUGGUCUUGGUAUUAACGAUCGGGUUUAUCACUUAAUGUAGGUACAAUAUUAACCACUCAGCAUGGUUCGUUCAGUUUAAUGUUAAAAAAAUGUUGUCUAUAACAAAUCGCUGCAAUUGAAUUGCUUGCACCAUGCACCAAAAUAACAGACAGUAAGUGACUCUGUUUUGAACCAGAAAACUACUCAGCUCAGCUCAAAGUAGGACUGGUUUUAGGUCUUUAGUCCCUGGUAUUUUUCAAAAAUACAAAACUUACAACCAAUCUUCUGUUUUUUUUUACUAACAUUUAGUCGAGUACUGAUACCUUAUAACAAAAGUUUAAUGCCAAUUAAUAAUUUUGAAUGCUUACCUACUUGCGGUUAUGCAAAGCGCGAUAUCGCAGUGAUUAAAUAUUGGCUAUCGCACAUACUUCCACCUAAACACAUCUAAAAUUCUCGAAAAGUUUUGAUUAUUAGAAUUCAAAAUUUUUAGCGCGUUUUUGAAAAAAACAAACAAAAUGGUCCGAUAUCACUGAGGUGCCACUGUUUUACAAUCUCUUGUGAGGUAGUGCAUACCCCUCCUCCCCCCGAGCCCUCCUUGAUAUCAUCCAAAACGUUUACAGCUCUCCUUGUUUUCAUGGCAAUUGUUGAAGAACCUUUAUCAAUUUUUCUUGUCUCAUAUUUUCUAGUACUAUGACCUCCCCCCCCCCCUCCUCCCAAAAUGGAAAGCACUCUUAGAGCGCGCGGUGUAGAAGUUUUGGGAGAUAAUAUAUCACCAAGACCUCAGAUAUUCCUCGUUCUUCCAAAAGCCCCUUCUCCCAAAUGGUAAUAGGUUUCGAUAGACGAGAAUCGAAUCUCUCCUGAAGAACAUGCCAUUCGCUCUAGACUCCCCCGUAGGGCUGCGACCCUCUUCAAACAGUUUAGAGACUAACGAUAAUGUUCAGUAGACAACAGUCGAAUCUUUUAUUGCAGAGUGGUAUUCCAUACUCCUCAGACCCCUCCGCGGUUCGUUCUCUAUCGAAACGUUUAGAGCACAUGACACUAAGCGAAAGAACAAAACGCAUACUCAUUACCUGUCGAUAUUCUGUAGCCCCCAAAUCCGCCUAUGGUUUUAGAAAGGUUCUGGAGGGCCAGCAAAAUAGUUUUGAGAAGGGUUUCAAGUUAUCAAAAAAGGCUAGGAUCCCUAGGAGGGCACCAGAUUUAUCUGGAAAACGUAAGAGGUUUUGAACUGUUUUCCUUUCAGGGAUAUUCAACGCACAUUAAUCAAAACUUCUAUAUAGUCUAGGCGAUAGAGACUGUAAAAUUGGCAAACUGGACAUUUUGAGGUGGAAAAGAAAAAAUUGGUGGAAUACGUUCAGUUAGCUGUCAGAAACAAUAUGUUAAAAAUCCUACCCCCCAAACCCUUUGCCAAACCAGCCCAGUUAGAUGUUUUUAUCGCCUAGACUAAUGUGGAAAUUUAAAUUUUAUAUUAAAAUA